AUGUUUAUACCUUCUUUAUUAUUAAGAGCAAUUAUUGAAUGUUUAUUUUGUAUUAUGACAAUUUGUUUAAAUAUUCUUUUCAUAGUUGCAAUUAUACGGUUACGAACUUUACGCACACCACAAAAUAUUUUAUUAGUCAAUUCAGCAUUAAAUCUUAUAUGUUCAUGUUUUACUUUUCUGACCUCAGUAACAAUUGCAUUACAAUAUUCAAUAACUCAUUAUAUCAAUAUGGAAUUAUGUCGUAUAAUAGGCUAUUUAAUAUAUAGUUUUUGCCAUGGGAUUAUGUAUUCAUAUUUACUUGUUAGUAUAAAUCGUUUUUUGCAUGCAUUUUAUUGUUUAGAAAAAUAUUAUUUAUCAAUAAAAUUUCUAAUAUUUGAAAUAAUUUUACAAUGGUUUUUAUCAUUUCUUAUACCAUUAAUACCAUUAUUUUUAAAUCAAAUUGAAUUUCAAAUAAAACCACGUUUUUGUUCACCACGUAAACCGUUUUAUAUGACAUUAGAAAUAAUGACUGGAUUUUUUUUACCAAUUAUAUUUAUGACAGUAUUUAAUUUGAUAAUUUAUUUUCAUAUAAAUAAAUUACAUACAGAUAUUCAUUUAUCAUUUCAACAAAAACAAAAAUAUAAAUUAAAUAAAUUCUAUCAAAUAUCUCAUCGUUUAUAUAAUCGACAAAAUAAUAAAAAUGUUAAAUUAUUACAUCAAUUUGCAGCAUUUUCAUGUGUAUUUGUUAUUGCUAUAUCAUUAUUUAUUAUUACUUUAAUGAUUAUUAAUUGGAAUAAACCAAUUAAACAAUCAAUAUUUACUUUAUUUAAUAGUACAUCAAGAAAACAUUCAACAUCUGCAACUACUGUACAAUUUUCAGCUCCUCUUGGUUUCAAUUGUAACUAA